GGAGGUGAGUCAGGGCUGGGUCUAUGUUGUGGCGGGAACCGGUCGGAGAAGGGCGGGGCUGGAGCCGGGCGCGGGAUCGGGAACGCGAGCCAGGCUGGCCUGCAGCGGUGAAGAGCCUGAUUCUCUUGGGCCUCUGCCGCCGGCGGUCCGGUCUACCAGCCUGGGCUUGUCCCCAGCUCCACGGAAAACAUUGGUAUGUUGGUGUCUCAGAGCUAAACUAUGAGUGAAUUUCGGAUUCACCAUGAUGUCAAUGAGCUGCUCAGCCUGCUGCGUAUCCAUGGUGGGGACGGGGCUGAGGUCUACAUUGACCUGCUGCAGAAGAACCGGACACCAUAUGUUACGACAACAGUGUCUGCCCACAGUGCCAAGGUCAAAAUUGCAGAAUUUUCUCGAACGCCUGAGGACUUUUUAAAGAAAUAUGAUGAACUGAAAUCUAAAAAUACAAGGAAUCUUGACCCACUGGUGUACCUGUUAUCAAAACUCACAGAAGACAAAGAGACACUUCAGUAUUUGCAACAGAAUGCAAAGGAAAGAGCUGAACUUGCAGCUAGUGCUGCAGCCAGCAGUGCCACCGGUUUCAGCAUCCCUGUUGCAGCCUCUAAGAUGUCCACACAGGAGCUAGAGGAACUGAGGAAGCAGCUUGGCAGUGUGGCUACAGGCUCCACACUGCAGCAGUCUCUGGAACUUACAAGAAAGAUGCUUCGAGACAAACAGAACAAAAAAAAUUCAGGCCAGCCCCUCCCAGUCUUCCCAGCAUGGGUAUAUGAGAGACCAACACUGGCUGGAGAUUUCCUGAUUGGUUCGGGCUUGAGCUCAGACACAACUUUGCCUAUAGGUACAUUGCCCUUGGCCUCCCAGGAGUCAGCAGUGGUGGAAGAUCUGCUCUAUGUGCUUGUGGGAGUGGAUGGCAGGUACAUCACUGCUCAGCCUUUGGCUGGGAGGCAGAACCGUACCUUCCUUGUGGAUCCCAACCUGGACCUGUCCAUCCGGGAGCUAGUAAACAGAAUCCUCCCUGUGGCUGCCAGCUACUCUACUGUGACCAGGUUCAUUGAGGAGAAGUCUUCAUUUGAAUAUGGGCAGGUGAACCAUGCCUUGGCUGCUGCCAUGAGAACCCUGGUAAAGGAAUACCUGAUUCUCGUCACACAACUGGAACAGCUACACAGGCAGGGCCUCCUCUCGCUGCAGAAGCUCUGGUUCUACAUUCAGCCAGCCAUGCGUACCAUCGACAUCCUGGCCUCCCUUGCCACCUCAGUGGAUAAAGGCGAGUGUGUGGGCGGGUCGACGCUGAGCCUUCUCCAUGAUAGGAGCUUCAACUACACAGGGGACAGCCAGGCGCAGGAGCUGUGCCUCUAUCUGACCAAGGCGGCCAGCGCACCUUACUUUGAGAUCCUGGAGGAGUGGAUCUACAGAGGCGUCAUUCACGACCCAUACAGUGAGUUCAUGGUGGAGGAGCACGAGCUGCGGAAGGAGAAGAUACAGGAGGACUACAAUGACAAGUACUGGGACCAGCGCUACACUGUGCUGCCACAGCAGAUCCCAUCCUUCCUGCAGAAGGUAGCAGGCAAGAUCCUCAGCACAGGAAAAUACCUAAAUGUGGUCAGAGAAUGUGGUCAUGAUGUCACCUGUCCCGUAGCCAAAGAGAUCAUCUAUACCCUCAAAGAGCGGGCAUAUGUGGAGCAGAUUGAGAAAGCGUUCAAUUAUGCCAGCAAAGUGCUGCUGGACUUCCUCAUGGAGGAGAAGGAGCUGGUGGCCCACCUGAGGUCCAUCAAGCGCUACUUCCUGAUGGACCAAGGGGACUUCUUUGUGCACUUCAUGGACCUGACUGAGGAGGAGCUCAGGAAGCCAGUAGAAGACAUUACACCCACACGCCUGGAGGCUCUGUUGGAGCUGGCCCUGAGAAUGAGCACUGCCAACACUGACCCCUUCAAAGACGACCUCAAGAUUGACCUGAUGCCUCACGACCUUAUCACUCAGCUUUUGCGGGUUCUGGCCAUCGAGACCAAGCAAGAGAAGGCAAUGACCCAUGCUGACCCCACGGAGCUCACUCUGAGUGGUCUAGAGGCUUUUUCCUUUGACUAUAUGGUCAAAUGGCCCUUGUCACUGAUUAUUAACAGGAAGGCACUCACCCGCUACCAGAUGCUCUUCCGACACAUGUUCUACUGCAAGCACGUGGAGCGACAGCUCUGCAGUGUCUGGAUCAGCAACAAGACAGCCAAGCAGCAUGCGCUGCACUCCGCCAAGUGGUUUGCUGGUGCUUUCACGUUGCGGCAGCGAAUGCUCAACUUCGUCCAGAAUAUUCAGUACUACAUGAUGUUUGAAGUAAUGGAACCGACCUGGCACAUCCUUGAGAAAAACCUGAAAUCUGCCUCCAACAUUGACGAUGUCCUUGGCCACCACACAAGUUUCCUUGACAACUGCCUGAAGGACUGCAUGCUGACCAACCCUGAGCUGCUGAAGGUUUUCUCCAAGCUCAUGUCCGUGUGCGUCAUGUUCACCAACUGUAUGCAGAAAUUUACACAGAGUAUGAAACUGGACAGUGAACUAGGCCGUCUGACACUGGAUCAGGGUAGUGUGCAGGGGCCACCCCCAGAGAGUGAGCGGAUUGAUGAUCGUCCCCGGAAGGAGCCUACCAGGAAGCACCUGCCUGAGCAUGUGGACACUCCUCAGCUGUCCUCCGGCUUUGAGGCCACCAUCAACAACUUUGACAAAAACUUCUCUGCCCAUCUUCUUGAUUUGCUGGCCCGACUAAGUGUCUACAGCACCAGUGACUGUGAACACGGCAUGGCCAGUGUCAUCUCCAGGCUAGAUUUCAAUGGUUUCUAUGCGGAACGCCUGGAACGUCUGUCUGCAGAAAGGAGUCAGAAAGCUGCCCCCCAAGUGCCUGUCCCAAGGGGACCCCCAGCACCAGCAUCCAGGGUGGCCAUUCCUGCUCAAUGAGCUUACUUGUUAAAUAUCAUAUUUCUGGAACCUGGGUGUUAUACGUUAUUACUUCUUAAAUAUGGUAUGAGUUUCCA